CCCUUCUCAUGAUGGACAUUCUCUUAAGCUUCUUACAACCGGAGCUCCUGAUCACACCGACCCAAAAUGUCAUCUCUGCGGUGCGACUUUUGUAACGAGAAUUUUGGCGGACAAGGCUAUCUCUGCUAUCGUUGCGGGUUGGUGAUUCAUAAGGAAUGUGUAUUUGAAUUACAAGAGGUCACUCAGUUCCCUUCUCAUGUCAGACACCCUCUUAAGCUUCUCACGAGUGGAGCUCCAAAUUACACAAACCCAAGAUGUCAUAUAUGUGGAGAAGACACUGGGAACUUACUUUAUCAUUGUGAUAUUUGUAAGUUCAAUUUGGAUCUGCGUUGUGCGAUUAAAAGCCCUCCACCAGUUGCUCUUUCAAAUCUAAAUGUCCAUGAGCAUACACUCACACUCAUGCCAAAACUGAUCUCCUUCAUCUGUGAUGCUUGUGGGACGAAAGGCGAUCGUUCUCCUUACAUCUGUGUUCAAUGUGAUUUCAUGAUCUUCCACCAAAGGUGUGCUCAAUUACCACGUGUCAUUCAUGUUAAUCACCAUGACCAUCGUGUUUCCUUCAAGUAUCCUCUUGGUCCUGGAGAAUGGAGAUGUGGAGUUUGUUGGGAAGAGAUUGAUUGGUCAUAUGGGGCUUAUAUUUGUUCCAUUUGUCCUCGUUAUGCUAUUCAUUCACUAUGCGCAACAAGGGCUGACGUGUGGGAUGGGGAAGAGCUUGACGGAGUCCCCGAAGAAGUUGAAGAUGUUGAGCCAUUCAAGAGGAAUGAUGACAACACAAUCGAUCAUUUCGCUCAUCAUGAAAACCUCAUUAGGCUCGAUAAAAGCAGUGAAGAAAGUAUCUUGUGUAGAGCAUGUGUUUGUCCCAUCGGUUCUUCUUGCUCACUCUACAAGUGUCCAGAAUCAGAUUGCAGUUUCAUUCUUCAUGAAACCUGUGCAAAUCUUCCUAUGAAGAAACGACAUUUUCUGAGCCCACAACCACUUGCUCUUAGCUAUCAUCUCCUUCAACGCCAUAUGGGCGAUGAAAUUUGCGAAGCUUGUCAUCAAAUUUUUUGCAAAGGAUUCGUUUACUCGUCGUAUUUGAAAGAGAACUUUGACUUACCAUGCAGUUUGAUUACUGUGCCUUUUAUCCAUGGAAGUCAUGAUCAUCAUUUACUCUACCUCAAACUAGAAUACGGUAACGUGAAGACUUGCCAGAGUUGCGGUAUCGAAGAAAAAGGAGUCGCCAUAGGUUGUACCAAAUGCAAUUACUUUUUGGAUUUCCGUUGUGCCACUCUACCAAUAACGGUAACGCUUCCCAGGUAUGAUGAUCAUCCACUCACUCUUUGUUAUGGUGAAGAAAAGGCAAGCGGCAAAUACUGGUGUGAUAUUUGCGAAAGAGAGACAAAUCCAAAGACUUGGUUCUACACUUGUAAAGAUUGCGGGGUCAGUUUACAUGUUUUUUGUGUAGUUGGGGAUAUCAGGUACGCCAAACACGAAGGAAAGAUCAAGUACUAUAUAGAAUUGGUGUCUAACAAUACCUCUUCAAGGCCAUUUUGCCACCGCUGCCAUUGUCGCUGCCAAGGUCCCUUCAUUCUAAGGAUAAAAAAGCAACAGUACAUAUUCUUUUGUUCUUCUUACUGUUACAUAAUCACCCAAAGUAAGAAGGAGUACUCCAAAAUUAAGUUGAGAUGUCCUCCUUGGAUAAGUGGACAUCAAAUCCAAUUGAUGGAGUUGCAAAACCACCAAUAAAACCAGUUUUCUUUAUGUUUUAUGUUUUCUUUUUCUUUUUUAGUUUAAUUAUGUUAUUUGCUUCAGUUAGAAAUAAGAGGAGAAUCCGUUCUCCUUAUGUUUAGGAGCGGAGCCAUCUCGUUCAUAUUUUCCUUUAUUGUAGUUGUUGGAGCUACGACUCCACUUUGCUUC